AAAAGCAGGGCUCUCUGGAUAGUGUAAGACUAUAGCGAAGUACAGCAGGGCAAUUGUGUGCUUGAAAAACCUGAUUUACACUGGCAUUAUAUAAGAUUAGGAGUUUCUUUCUUCUAGUACUAAUCUUUAUCUUUCGGUAUGAAGCUGUCUCCAUGAGGAACUCCUGAAGAGGUCUACCAUUGAGUGUUUUUAAGACUGCUGGACUUGAGGAAUCCCUGUUUUAAUUAGUUUCUUUCCUUCUUCAACACCAAGACAUGGUUUUCUGGAUUAUCUUCCCCAUAUCCCUCUCCUUGGUGUCCUUCAUUGGAACAUGGACUGUAUAUGGCCUAGCAUUAGCUAACACACAUGUGUGCUCUCUCAGUGACUGGGGGAGUGACAACUACUGCAAAGCGAAUGAGACCACUGGAUGUUGCCGUGUGCCCACUAUAAGCUCAAGUGGAACUAAAUCACCAGAAAACUCACUCUUUACCGCCACGAUCAACGCAGGAUCCUUUCUGUUCCUGCUGUUCUGUAUAUUCCACCAUGCUCAUAUUAUGGAGAAACACAGAUGUCAUUCCAUGCUGAGCAAGUUUGCGCUGGUCUUUGGUGUGGUGGCAGCCAUGGGGGCAUUCGCAGCUGGAAACUGUAAUCCAGGUGACCUGGCAUUGCUUCACUACUUCGGAGCUGCCAUAAGUUUCAUGUGUAUCUGCUUCUACACCGUGUUACUCACCGCGCUGACCGGCAAGUGUGUGCUGACAGGAUAUGAGAAGGCUCUCUAUCCAUUCCGCAUCGUCUCCACUGUGGUUCAAACCAUUGUAACCAUCUGCUAUACAGUUUUGUUUGCCCAGGACCAGUAUUUUUACGUUCACUUGUCGGCCAUAUUUGAGUGGAUGCUCAGCGUCAACCUGGAGCUGUUUGAGCUCAGCUUUGCUGUGGAGUUUUUCUUCUUUUCGUCAUUCAUGCUUUCAAAUCUGCUGAACAAACGAGAGGAGCAAAAGCCUUUGAUUAUGACAAUGUCCUGAUAUGAGGCCCCCAGGGUCCAGGUGCAGCACAUAAGCUGAGGAUGGACUGAGUAAGAAAUCUGUGAAGAUGUCUGGGGCUGGACCUUGGCUUGGAGACCAUUGAUGUACUUCCUCGCCGCUCGGGUGGAAUAAUAACUAUUUAUGAAUUAAGAGAACUUUUAUUUCAACCUUUGGAUACAGUAGCCUAAACUUUUUUUUAAACCAGGCAUAUAUGUUUGUUAUUCCUUAUUUAUUGAAAAAAAAGGUUGAAAAGCAAAUGAACAAAAACAUGAUGAAUUGCUUUGAUCAUGUCAUGUUGAUGCUCUGCCAACAGAACAAUUAACCCUGAUAUGUCACACUAAGAAGCCUUCUUUAUCAGCUGUAUUGUGCAAUUACUUUCUACGUUAUCAUAUUUUAAUAUAAUCAACAAUGAACAAUUCCUCAUUAGGUACACUAAUAAGGAUUGAUUUCAUGAAAAUGUCACUGAUGUUAGCUUCACACUAAGGUUCUUUAAGCACUUGUAUAUAGCUUUGACACUUUAUUAAAUCAUGACCACUGAA